ACCAACAACAUUGAAGAUGGCGGUGGAUCAAACUCUCCUUCGAACGGAAAAAUCACUUGGUUUAUUGACAACCAAGUUCGUAGACCUCUUGAAAGAAGCCCCAGAAGGUGUUCUAGACCUCAAAACAGCAGUCGAGGUUCUCGAAGUACGUCAGAAGCGACGGAUAUACGAUAUCACGAAUGUACUCGAGGGCAUCGGUCUCAUCGAGAAGAAAACCAAAAAUUCAAUCAUAUGGAAGGGAGGCGGUCCGGGAUGCAAUACGGAGGAACUCACGCAGCGCCGGCUGGAAUUCUCGGCUCAGGUCGAGGAGUUGAAGAAGAUCGAAGAUGCCUUGGACGAUCAUCUGAAACAGGCGAAACAGUCUGUUGUCAACGUCAAGGAGGAUAUAUCGAAUCGGGGGAAAGCCUACAUAUCGUACAGAGACUUGUGGGACGUCAUGGAAGCCGGGAGCAUCUUGACGAUUCGCGGACCUGCCGACACGACCCUGAAAGUUUUCGAUCCAUCGAGUCACCGUGAGGAAGAGACAAACUCGUUUUAUGUCCACUGUAAAAGCGACCACGGUCCCGUGGAGGUCCAUCUGAUAGACAAGGAGCCCAAUCCGUUGGGCACCAACGUCGCGAGGCUCGAAAAAGAUGAAGAGAAGGCAGUUGUGAACGUGGGCGACGCUCUGGAGAGUUUGAUCAAGGAAACGAUCACAGAGGAGAGUGAAACGAAAGAGAAACGAACUCUUAGUCCGGCGAAGAAAGUACGUCCAGAGGAAGAACAAACUCCCACGCCCGGUCGGAAAAGAACACGAGGCAACGGCGCAUUGUCGGCCUCGACCCCGACGGCCAUAGAUUCAUCAAAACCUCCCAAACAAUCGAAGAAAGACGAGGCGAUUAUCCCAAUCACAGAAACCGAAGAAGAAAUCGAUAUAUUCAAGGAUCUGAAAGACUACGAUGAUCUCCUGAUGAAAUGUACGCCACCGUUCACGAGUUUGUCGCCCCCGCUGAGUGAAUAUGACUUCAACUUCACUCUAGACCCAGAAGAGGGGAUCUGCGAAUUGUUUGGCGAAGAGUAAUGAAAUACUAUCGCGGUCGGGAGGAAUACAUCAUCAUCAUCACCAUCAUCGAGAAAAAUGAUUAGGACGCUUUUCACCGCGAGAGCUGUCACCGUUAGAGACGUGCGAGCUCUCUAGAUGUGAAAUUAUUCGAAGACCCACAAAUAGGAGCGCGUGUGUGUUCAGUCAACGCUACAUCAUUAUGUCUGUACAAAUCGAGGAGAAAGCGUAGCAUAGGUCAACUCCGCAGCACCAGAGAAAAGUGAAUAAAAGGCUUAUCU